CCUAUACUCCAGUUGUGACGGGCCUCAUCUGAACCAAGUAACUAAUUUCGCCUACAAUUUCGAUACGACGAAGCACGUUAUUCACUCUGGACCCAAUGGCGGCAAGUUCGGCUUCAGUUUGGCCCUCCACAAAGAUGCUGAAAAGAUGUGGGUUGUGGUUGGGGCGCCCCGGGCUCAGACGGACGCUCCAGGCGUGACGCGCGGGGGCGCCGUGUACCGCUGCUCGCCUGUCGUCGCCGGCGACUGCGCGGCUCUGCCCUUCGACACGCGCGGCAACAGCUGGGAAGGACAACAACAAGUGGACGACAAGAGCGACCAGUGGUUCGGAGCGACAGUCGUGAGCAAGGCCGGGGUGCUCGUGUCGUGCGCUCCUCGCUACGUGUGGUUCAGUGUGAAGAAGGACAGACGUGAGCCUGUGGGGAGGUGUCUCAUCCAGACCAUGACAGGCACACCUCAGCUCUACGCCCCAUGCAUGACCGGAGCUUGGGGCUAUCACCGCCAGGGGUCCUGCCAAGCGGGCUUCGCGGCCACACUCACCAAGAACGGCAAGCAGCUGUUUGUUGGCGCCGUCGGCAGCUGGUAUUGGCAAGGGCAGGUAUUUCAGCAGAAUUUACUGAGCCGACAAGACCAGUCAUCGACUGUGGAAGGGCCUCAGUCUCAAGACAUGACGUACUUGGGAUACUCAGUCGCCAGCGGUCGCCUGGGAGGCGCUCUGUCGCCACCCGGUCAUCGGGACACCGACAGCUACACGACUGUAGGCAGCGACAGUUUUGAUGACGGUGCCACCGAAGACAUCGUCAUAGGGCGGCCUAGAGGUGGAGAGUUACGUGGACAAGUGCAGAUCUUCAAUGAAAGGCUGACCCUUCUCUCGAAUAUCACUGGUGAUCAGUUGGGCAGCUACUUCGGCUACUCAGUAGCGGUGGCAGACGUGAACGGGGACCAACUUGACGACAUCAUCGUGGGGGCGCCCUGGUAUACUGGGUCUGCCUCCGCUGAGGGAGCUCCUUUCGGUUCGGAUUUUGACCUUCGUUCGACUAGUUCCGGUAAAAUGAAAAAUGGGCAAAGAUCUUACGUUAAAAAUAAAAUUGAGAAUGGAAUGGUGGCCACAUACCUUCAGACACCGCAGCACAACUUCGUAGCAUCGACGCGCGUGUUCGGCCCGUACUCUCGCGGACACUUCGGCCUGUCUCUGACCAGCCUGGGUGACAUCAACAGAGAUGGGUAUGACGACAUAGCCGUUGGAGCUCCACGGACGCAGGCGCCCAGAACAGAAGACGGCGAAGGAAGCGAUAACAGCAAAGGUGGGAGCAUCAGCACGGGCGCUGUAUUCAUCUACCUCGGCUCAAGGAAGGGAAUCAAAGCUACUCCUGCUCAGGUGUUGUGGCCGGGUGACCUGACUCGCGUCGCGGUGCACUCGUUUGGCUGGUCGAUUGCUGGCGGACUCGAUUUGGACGGCAACGAGUAUCCCGACUUGGCCAUCGGGGCCGAAGAGUCUAGUUUGGCCUUCGUUUUAAGAACGAGGCCCAUCGUGAACGUCUCGUCAACGCUAUCUUUCGGCACAUCUGGCGGCACUGAGAAUUCAGGUUUUGACCUGAGCAGCGAAGGUUGCAGUUUGCGGGACGGUACAUCCGUUGCUUGCUUGCCUCUGCACUAUUGCCUUCAGUAUCGCGGCACUAAGGUGCCUUCAAGCAUUGUGCUGGUGGUGGAGCUGCGGCUGGACAGCGGUCCCAUCGUGGGGCUGCCGCGGCUGUUCUUCCUGGCGCUGGAGGGCGCGUCGUCCAGGACCUUCCAUGUGCAGCUCAGCGGCGGUCGACUCACGUGCGACAGCGACUGGGUCUACGUCUCGCCUCAAAUCCAAGACAAACUGAGCCCUCUCAAGGCCUCUCUUACCUACGAGCUCCUGCACCGCGAAGUUCCUCAAGCUUCUUACUUUGAAACUCCGUCCGACUUCAGCUCGCGUCCUCCUGUUGCUGCUUACGCCGCUCCAACCAACUACGGUGCAAACUUUGCCACGAAAGCGUUUCGUCCUUCGAUCUUGAACUAUAAUUCUCUGAACACCCCGCUAACAACUGAUUCUGUAGGUCAUCCUGACGUUAGUUUCUAUAAAAAUCAAAAUGGCAAGCUUCGUGCGUCCAAUUAUCCUCAGUCCAAUAUCAAUAAUUAUCGAACUGGUCAACAAAGUAAAAGUGAAUAUCUUGACCAAAAUUACAAUCGUGUAUUAAGAAUACGGAGGCAUACGGACAAAUCCUCUCGCAAAUCUUCGGUUAACGUUAGUCAUUUAGAAAACUAUAAUGGUUACCAUAACAAAUCUGUUCAUGAGGAUCGAGAAAACAACGCUCAUGAGCCUUUGAAUUUGGGCGGAGUCAGAUUGACUCGAAAAAAGAAUUCACGAUUUAUCGAAACCAAUGCUGGAAAUCCCAAUUUUAAAUCUAUUAAUAGAGAACUUAGCGUCCGACAUAAGUUUUCAGAAAUUUCCGGUGGAUCUCGCAGAAGUGCUCGCUUUCGUCGGCAAAGUCCCAUCGUUGAAGACUACAGAAGUUUUUCUCAGCCCCACAACGCGGGAGACUUGCCCCCCAUAUUGCCUCCUGACACAGCAGACAACCCGCGAGCUGUGUCCGCUCUUGUACACAUCCGCAACAACUGCGGCCAAGACGGCCUCUGCUUGCCUGAUCUGGGGGCCAUGCUUCGACUACUUGGAGCACCGGAAGGUCCGCGCUACGUGUCCGGAUCGAAGGCCCCCCUCUCGGUCAGCUUGACGAUUACAAACUCCGGGGAGGACGCCUACAUCUCACGCGCCCUUGUAUCGCUCGGUUCCCCUGGCGUGCGCUUCAAUAAAUUCGAUGUAGUCGAAGCUCCUGCAGAAAUCACACCUGUCUGCACUGCAGCUUUGGUCGAGCUGAGGCUUGAUCACCACGUCGAGGAGAUAUCGUGCGAAAUUGGAAACCCGUUCCCGUCAUCCGGCCGCAUCGUGCUGAACCUGAUGUUCCAGCCCAUUCCAGACUUAAUUUUAUCCUCCGCACUGGAGUUCCAAGUGACAGUGAACUCCAGCAACGAGGAGCCUAUCAGCAGCAAGAGUGACAACUCCGCUAAACUGAUUCUUCCUGUCAAGACGCUCGCAGAUGUCGAAAUACGAGGAAUUUCAUGGCCGGACCACAUUAUGGUCUACAACAAGUCCCUAUUCGGCGUGGGUCUACUCGGACCAGGUCGCAACGUCUCCCAUGAGUCCCACAUCGGCCCGUCCGUGUCCCACGUUUACGAAGUGACCAACCGCGGCCCGUCGCUGCUGCGCCGUGCACAGCUUCUGCUGCUGUGGCCCAGCCGAACAUUUGGCGAGAAACCGCUUCUCUACCUCACCAAAACCCCUGCCGUUGAGCCUCAACUCGAGUGUCUUCCUGUCAAUGAUCUCAACUACCUCGACAUCGACAUAAUGCCGUCUAAAAUUCGACGAUCAAGUGACUAUUCUGAUCGACCAGCUACUCAAGAGACAACCAAAUCCUACCCUAAAAAGUUGACUUCGGAUAGUUUAGGCGGUUCUGAACACUACUUAGAAGAUUUUUUGAAACUUUCGAGUAAUGUUUCUGAUAACUCGUUUAGAGAAACAAACUUUCCUCCAGUGGAAACUUCAGAAGUGGAUUCGAAAUCACCCUCAAAUACGAACACUUCUUUUAGAUCACUCGGUGAAUUUGCCUACUCUCUUUUAUUCAAAUACUUACCUUUCCGAGACGCUUCACAAUCAAACCUGCUUCCCUUAGUGGAUUCACCUUCCGUUGCCGGUUAUGUGCCGCUGUUGCAAGAUUCCUCGCCAUCGCAUCGUGGACGAAGAGACUCUGAGAUGGACGCGUUAUCGUGCGGUGCAAGUAAUUGCUCCAAGAUGAUCUGUCUUGUCCGCAAUCUUGAGGCUGGAGAACACAUCGUUGUUAGGGUCCAGUCACGGCUCUGGAUCGACACCAUUGAAGAGCUCGGGAUGAGCGAAGUCACUAUUUCAUCACGCCUCAUAGUCCGCACUCUGCAUCCGCGUCCGGGUUUCGUUAACGUCGAAGAUGACGUCACCGGAACCAGCGUUCCUGAUUGGGCGGUGGUUGCUCCAAUGGGGACGGGGGACUCCACGGUGCAGAUGUGGAGCGGGUCCGUUAGCUCCAUGGUGCGGGCGAGCGUCGAGCCCUUCCAGAGCUCCAUGGAGUGGAUCAUAAUCUUGGGGAGCGUCCUUGCGGGGCUCUUCGUGCUAGCGCUUCUCAUCCUCAUCCUCUGGGCGCUUGGUUUCUUCAAGCGCCGUCGGGCACCGAACGACGCAUCGCAACAAGAACUUCUGCGCAACAAUGGCGCCGCUCAAACCACGAUCACCUAAACCUUCAUAUUUUACAAACAAUUUUGAUUUAAAAUAUUUCCAGUGGCAUCGUUUUUGUCUCUUUACUUCAAUCAUUAACUGAAAUUAAAAAUUAUAAUGCGUCAGUUGGGAAUGCGUUUUUGAAAAAAGUAAAUGUAAAAAUUCCAGGCUGGGCGAAGAAAUAUCACCGAUAACGUAAAAAGAGCAGCACAAUUACGUCUUCUUAUACUUACAUUAUUUUUAGCAUAAUAUAUCCCACUAUUUCAGCACCAAGUGCAAGUUCUAGCAUAAUAAUUUGGUUUAAUUAAUUACUAACAGUGUGUUAUCCUCCUAUCGGGAGUUAUUGUCGUACUUUAAAUAUUUUUGUUGGUCAUCUUCGUUUUAUAUUUCAGUGAACAUCAGUCAAAUCAUGAUUCUACUUAUUUUGGGUAUUUUCUUACUCUCAAUGAGUCAUUGUUGCUCGUUUUUAGUUAGUCUCUUAUCAGAAGAAAUUAUUUUGUUUUUAAAAAUUAAUUUCGACGUUAUGUCAAUAGAAUUUUGAAUGUGAAUGCCUGUUAUUAUUUUUUUACUGUUGAUCGAAUUUAUGUAACGUCCAGUCGUCCUUCGUCACUUUCUUGUUUGGAUCGCGGGGCAGAAUGUGUUUCAACUUGUUGAAUGUUUGUUGAAACAAUUUUGAUUAAAUCCCAUGUAGUUGAAAUAUUGGACUACAUCUUUAAUUGAUGUUCCAUUUCUUGACUACUGUAAAUGCUUCCUGGAAAUGUAUUUCCAGUUGUCUACAUAUUUUCGAAGAACCUAUCCAAAACUGUUGCUCAGACAUUUUAGACCUAACCUAAUAUUCUUCGUUGUGAUUUAAACCCUAUCGUUUUCUCGUGUCCAUAGCUAACAAGCGGACUUUGUGUGUUACCGUAUUUUGUUUGCCGUCCGUAUUUAAUGCCUUAUGUAGGUUCGUCACGCGCUGUUACCCUAUAAUAUCAACAUAACUUUAUAGUGAAGACAUAUCGUAUCCUUCUUUUUCGAGUUACUUGUUCCCGAAGCAUGGCAGUGACCGCACAAAAAUGGAUGAGGUGAAGAGUCUGGUUUGUGAUAACUUUGUAUCAAAGUUCAUUUUAAAUUUUCCGCACAAGCAAACGGGUUAGCUUAAGGUAUAUGGCAAUCUCAAGGUGUUGUAUGAAAUGCAUAUCUGGUAGUAUGUUUAUAAGAACUGUGUAUAGUGUAGGUUAGUACGCAACGUGUAUAGUUUGAUGUAUUUUAAGAUUAACUAGAAAAUUCUUGGCUUGAACCAGCGAUACGACGCCGUUCAGUUUUACGAAAUUUUACGAACGUUUAACAGACGCAAAACUUUGUUCAACUAGCGGACAUUUAUAGGGUUCUCAAUUUUCGUUUAACGAGGCAAUGUUUGCCAUUAUUGACUUUAAUCCAUUGGUAAACUAUUUAAUUAUUAAUUGAUAUUUCAUUGAAGUCCAACUAUUAAAAUUAUAUUUUUAUCGUCUUUUUAUCCAGUUAACAUUUGUAUGAAGUUAUUUUCAGUAAGCCAAAUGAAAAAGGUCCGUUCCUAAUUGAUAAGAGGUUCCUAUGUUUUUCUCCGCAAAACAGUUUUAACGCGAAACACUUUUAACGCGAAACUGUGUAAACGCGAAACAGUGUAAACGUGAAACUGUGUAAACGCGAAACUGUGUUAACGCGAAACUGUGUAAACGCGAAACCGUGUAAACGUGAAACUGUGUAAACGCGAAUCCGUGUAAACGCGAAACUGUGUAAACGCGAAACAGUGUAAUCGCGAAACAAUGUUAACACGAAACCGUGUAAACGUGAAACUGUGUAAACGCGAAACUGUGUUAACGCGAAACUGUGUUAACGUGAAACCGCGUUACGAAACCGCCUAUGAAGUUAUUUAUGCAAAUUAGUGUGAAAACGCUUGUGCUUAAUUAGUAUAUUAGUCAUAAUAUAUAAGUUAAUUUAAUAUUUCAAUCCCACAGCUAGUCUUUUUCAGCCUGACUUGCACUAUGUCCCUUAUUAUGAAACUAAGAGAAAUGGUGAAAAUUUCGCUGCUAUUUGGUCCGAGUCAGGCUUUACCUGUGUGGUGUAGACUCACUAGUAAGAUGGAUUUCCUGGUAAUAAUUAAGAUGAAUAUUGAAUAAUUGUAGACAUUUUUAGUCCAGACUGAAUGUAAAUCAUCAGUUUGAAGAAGAUUGUAAAUGAUUUUAGCUGACCUUGUUGAAUAUUAAAACCGGAUUGCUGCCAUUCACUGCAAAAACUUUUUUCUCAUUUUAUUUCUUGAUUAACAACUGAAUAUCUCUUGUUUCUGUACUGAUUAAUACUGGAGUUAGCACCUAUACUGCAACCUAAGUUCGUCAAUAACAUCUAAUAUUUCAACUGAGAGAAGUGAUUUGUACAGAAAGUUAUGGAUUAUCAUGAAACCGUUGUUAUGGUUUUUCCAGGUUGGGAAAUGGUUAUGUAUUAUUUAGGCUCAUUGAAAGAGCAUGGAGGUAGAGCGAUCAACUAGCAUGUUUCUUUUAUCCAUUAAAUAUUGUUGAAAAUCUCAAUGUUUCAGGUUAAGUAGUGAUAUGCUUUAGCCUUUAAUAAGUACUUAAUAAGUCACAAUUAACGUCUCUUCGCUAUCAAAUGCAUUGAGAAUAUAUUUAUCGACGAAAGAUACAAUUUUAACCUAAAAUAUUUCAAGUGCCAUUGUCUUUUGUCUUAUUUAUUUUAAUAAUUAA